AUGAGCCGACCCGUGGCCCGUUUCCUCUCCUCCACCUCCAAAGCCCGCGGCGUCUGGAGCGAAUACGCGGCCCGUCCCUCGUCGCUUCAACUCGUGGACAAAACCGCCCGCAAUGAGCUCUUUGAAGGCUUCUCUGCCUCUGGACCAUCCUCCAUGAAAUCCAACAACAAACACAACUACACAUCGCCCGAGCUUCUCGACGACACCUUCAAGUCUGCGUACGAGAUUUUGGAGCAGGAUGCAGCUCGUCAGUACAAGUUCAUCGAGCAGAACAAGGACAAGUUGAGCGCCAAACAGCUCGAAAAAGCCAUGGUCAAGACGGAACAAUAUAAUCCCGAGGUCAUGUACAACACGCGCGAGUUCGCUGACUGUUUGGACCGUUCUGUGCCCGUGUACAGAAAGUUCUUGAAGGAGAAGUGGGAGUCCUAUGGUCAGAUGAUCACCAUGCAGAGAUUGGAACAGUUGCACGUUAUUCCCGACACAUUGCCCACUUUGGCGCCCGAGACCGAGGUCAACGUGAAGUUCGGCCACAAUGACGAGGCCGAGUUUGCAGACUGGGUGGUUCCAGGAACGAGGUUGCCAGCCUUUGCCGUGUCCAAGCCUCCUACCAUCGAGAUCCAGGAGUUCGAGCCUGUUGAAAAUGGCACGGGCCUUUAUACUGUCUUGGUUGUCAACCCAGACGUUCCUGAUUUGUCCUGCAAUGGGUACUCUACUGCCUUGCACUAUGCCUUGGUCAAUGUUCCGCUCGACUUCGUCAACAAUACCAUCACACCGCUUUCGCUCGUGGAGCAUCCCGAGCGUGUGCUUAAGCCAUAUAUGCCAUUGCUUCCUGAGAAGAACGUUCCUACGCAGAGAGCAUGUCUCUGGGUAUUCAGACAGGGCCACGAAUUGAAGGACGUGGGCGUCAGCGAGUCCCAGUUCGACAUCCGUGCCUUUGCCGAAGAAAACCAAUUGCAUGCCGUAGGCGCCCAUGUGUGGAGACAGGAUUACGACAGAUCCACCAACAGUGUUCGUGCCGAGUAUGGGUUGGAAAAGGGAAGAGUGUUCGACCAGAUCCGCAACGCCGAGCCUUUAUUGUAA